AUAGUUUGACGAGCUUGAGUUUUCCUUGGGAAUCCUAUGCUUUCGUGAUCCAUGCCCUUGUGGAUCUCCUAGGUGAUUGGGUACAUGCUGUAGCAGCUAUCUAACACAGUAACAGGUUCUGUGACCACUGAGAGCUGAGAGAGGUUGUGUGUGCAUGUCAUUGUACGCUGAUGCCACAAGCUGCGUGGCCGUGUUUACACUUCCCGCUGUCUCAACCCUAGCAUAACCUUCUCCGUUGAUAGUAGGCAGGUGGACAAACGUGGGCGUGAGUCAAGCCAGGGUGGUGACCUACCCUGCAUGGGAGGCACUGCUCUUUUUCAUGUCAGUCGUUGUGUUGUGAAGCCAGUGCUGUGGGGUGAACCGACACAACCCUCAUUGAGUGGCCUUACUUGGGGUUUACAACAAGCUCACCUCACCACACCAAUUCCUUAUCGCCACGGUUGCGCUGAGCAGCUGACACGCUCGACCUGACAUGGAUCCUUCCAUUGCUGCUGGUUUGGUGGCAGCCGGACUGCCAACCACUACUGCCGGGGUUCAGCCCCUCACGGGAGGUAUGGACCCAGCGCUCGCUGCUACCUUGGCUGCCAUGAACCUGGAAGCGGCCGGUGCCUCAGCGGUGUCACCAAACUCCAGCUUUGGAAGCAACUCAUUUACGGCGAGUAGUCUGGACUCGAGCUUCUCUUCCCCACACCUGUUGAACGGUCUUGGAGGGGUGGACGGCCUUCAUGCAAACAAUCCAGGCAUGCUCAAUUCGUCCAUGGGAGCCGGUGGCUUGCAAAUCGGGACCGGAGCAGGCCAGGCGGGUUUUGGUGCAGCGCACCAAGUCAACGCCAUUUCCGCUUCGCACAACGCCGCCGGUCCGCAAAUGAGUGAAAUGCAGAAACAACAGACGAAGCUACAGCUGCAGCAGCACAUGCAGCAGGCACAGAAACUCCAGGCACAGCUGAAGGCAGUCAAGACCCAGCAGCAACACGUCACACAGCAGCUAAGUCAGCAGGAAGCAGCAUUACAGGCUGAAGCAGUCCGAACACAGCAGACCCUUCAGCAGCUUCAGCAGCUGGCCGCCAUUCAAGAGCAGCAAGAGCAGCAGCAGAAGAUCAACGAGACUGCCCAGAUUGUAAUGGCAGUGCACGAGGCACAGCGCAAGAAGAAAGAACAGCAGGAGCUCCAGGCUCAGGCAGCACUACGGCUUCGUCAGCAGCAACUAGCUACAGGGAAUGUACUUGGCGGUGGCCUGCCAGCGGGGAUGGCACAAGCAGCUGGGAUGGGCAUCGGUGGUGUACCAGGUGUUCCAGGUGGUGUUCCCGGAGGCGUUCCAGGUGGUGUUCCGAUGACUGCCGCCGGACUGUUGGCCGCAACACAGCAGCAGCAGCAGCAGCAACAGCAACAACAGCAGCAGCUGCAGGCCAUUCGUCAGCAGCAGCAACAGCAGGCCAUUGUACGGCAGGCUCUGCUCUCCGCUGCUCAGCAGUCUGCAGCCGCAGGUGGACAGGUUCCUGGUGGCAUGAUCAUGCCCCCGAGCUCUCUGCAGCUAGCCGGUGUAGCUGGACAAGGCCUGGACAGUGGUUCUCCAAUGCUGGCUGCGUCCGGCAGCGGUCCCCUUAUGCAAGGCUAUGGCACAAACUCACCAAUGGCCGUUGGUCAGGGUCUGUCAGCGUUCCAGCCGGCCAGUCAACAGCACGCACUCAUACAGCGUGCCAAGGCAGCGCAGGCGGGAGGUGUGCACGUGCCAAACAGUGACUCGCAGAGCAAUCGCUCCGACAGCGGCGACUCCGAAAGCAGCCUGCAGACGUCUAGCACUCGGCAACCAGGUCGCCGUAUCAGUUCGCACAGUAUGGGAUCUCCUCAAAUGAUCUCCAACGAGAUCACACCACCGCGUCGAGUUGCUCUGUCGCCAACAACACCCUCCCCGCCAACGAUCGGUGCUCAGCCAGCUGUUAGCGUAGCUAACUGGCCAGCGCAGGCUCCACAACCCGGGGUGGUGACGACUGACGGACCGUCGGCCCCCACGCCACCCGCAGCUCCUCCCGCACCACCUGCUGCCGGAGGUCCUCCGGCUCCUCCACCGCCCCCGGGUAUGGGAGGCCCGCCUGGACCUCCACCACCCCCGGGUGGGGCAGGUCCGCCCGCACCUCCACCGCCCCCGGGUGCGAGUGCGCCUCCACCAAUGCCUCCUGGCCCGCCACCGCUUGGUCCGCCGCCAACAUUCUCACCAACACCUCCGCCCGAAGACUAACCGCCAGGGAAGCAGCUGUGUUUGAGCCUUCGUUCAUUGUGCUGUUGUCUCUGCCCCCCCCCCCCCCCCCAUACACACACAGUGACACGCACACACACUCUUUUGGAAUUUUCACUUCUUCCUGCAUCUCCCAUUUCUCAAGUAGCUAGCCUGCCAGAUAAUACUAGUGUACAGAGUACAUGCUCAUAAUGAUCAGCACUUCCUCCCUUUUUGCUGACCCUAUUUCAAGUCCAUCCCAUGGCUGACCGGCACGUGGUCCCCUAUGCGAAUGCUGGGCCCCGCGCAACACACCAGCCUGGGUUCUGUGCUGGGGUCGCCCUCUGCGUGGGCGGUAUGCCACUCGGCGUAUUCAACGAUAGACGAACACACACUUCUUGGCAAAUGUGCCACUGGGAUCGACAGAAGGAACACAAACAGUUCUCUUUGCUCGCUCAAAUUUUUUGAUUUAUUAUUGUAAGGAGAAUUGAUAACAUUGACAUGAUAAGUCUAAUAUUUAGCAAUGAUCAAGUUAACCAAGUGCGCUGCUUUUCACACAA